AUGUUACGAUCGGAUGUUAGGCUCAAAGCGUUGUUAAUAUCGUUGUGCGGAUCAGCCAACCAGAGCACCAGUUGCCUUAUAUUUGGAAACUUUAGAGAAAUGGAUAUUUUUGGAUUAGGAAAUCCAUUGCUGGACAUCACGGCUACAGUUGAUGACGACUUUCUAAAUAAAUAUAGUUUGCCGAAAAACAGUGCCAUUUUAGCCGAACCCCAACACGAGGCUAUGUAUGAGGAGGUGAUCAAUAAGUUUGAGAUCGAGUACAGUGCGGGCGGUGCCACUCAGAACACCAUGAGAUACUGCCAGUGGGUGGUCGGCAAGAAUAACCAGGUGACCACUUUUUGUGGGGCAGUUGGCAACGACUACUUCGGCAAAAUCAUGGAGAAAAAGGCAAAGACUGACGGCGUGAACGUCAAGUAUUUGGUGGUUGAAGAACAGAAGAACACCGGCACCUGUGCUAUACUACUGACCGAUGGCGGACAGAGCCGUGCUAUGUGUGCCUAUUUGGGUAUGUCUUACGUCUCCCACAACUCAUUAUCUCAAUGUUUCCUUCAUUUG